AUGCCCUCCUUGCUGACGCAGUUGGGGCUGGAGCCUAGUGCCCCACAUGCCCUCUACCCAAGGAGUGUGAUGGACCCAGAGUCAGCCCUGUGGCCAGAAGGGUUCAGAGGCGCCAAGCGCCACCUCGUCCUGGCGGGGCUCAGCGACACCCCCGCCUUGAGGACAGAGCUCCAGAUCCAGGUCUACCACGGGGGCGCAGCUGGGCCGGCAGCCCCGACCCAAGGCGGCUCGGAGGCCGGGGCGGCGGGGGUGGGGCCCGCGCCCUGUGAGCGCCGCGUGCGCUGGCUCCGCGAGAUCCAGUCCACGCUCCGCGAGCGGCGGCCCGAGCGCGCCCGGCAGCUGCUACGCCUCCUGUGCCAGGACCUGGGCCUCACCGACAUCCCUUCCACCGACAUCCUCUACAGGAACAUGGCCUUCCUCAAUCUGGUGGACCCCAUCUCCUAUGAUCUCUUGGCCCGGGACCUGCAGUGCCCCAAGAUGGACUCCCACAUCUACAUGCAGUUGUCACCGAGGGUUCUGAGGACUAAGCUCUGGAAGUCCUCGGAUAAGAUCUGCCGGCAGCUCAUCUACCACCACGCCCCUCACUCCACACGGCAGCAAGGGUCCAGCCUGCCUCGGAAGAAGACCCAGAGCUGCCUCCUCACGGCCUCUAGAGCAGCCUCCAGAAGACUGCUGGCAGGGGAGGCUGGGAGCCUUUCAGGGGUCCCGCUGUCGGCUCGGGGUGUGCAGCACAUAACACGCUUCCUGGGCGGCCAGGGCGGGCUCGCGGUGCUGGACCUGAGCUUCGCAGAGCUGAGAGAGCUGCUGCGCCUGCUACUGCCCGGCCUCUGGACGCCGCCCCGCCUCUCCCAGCUCCUGCUCAAUGGCGCUGCCGCCUGGGAGCCCACCGAGGCUGUCAAGGACACCGCCAAGUUCACUGCGCUGGCCCGCGUAGACCUGGGCAACAACGUGGACGUGGCCUCCCUGCCCCAGCCCCUCCUCGUUGGCCUGUGCCGGCGGCUGAGCCAGCACACCUCCCCGACCAUCUUCGAGAGCCUGGGCCUCGAGCCUGAGGGCAAGGUAGCCAGGGCCACCGCUGCUGCCGCCACCUGGGGCUCGGCCGCUGCUGGGCCAGGGUCUGAACCCCAGGCCUGCUGCACCCGGUGA